CAAAACACUAAACAGCAAACAUUUAGAGAAAAACCUUGGUUCUGCUUGUGUUUGCUCAUGUCUGGUCUUAGUAACUCAAGUAACAAAUCGCGAAAAGAUGGCCAAGCUGGUAUACCAUCUGCCUACAGAGGAGUCCGGAAGAGAAAAUGGGGCAAAUGGGUGUCUGAAAUCCGUGAACCGGGGACCAAGAACCGUAUCUGGCUAGGCAGUUUCGAGACUCCUGAAAUGGCUGCAACUGCCUAUGACGUUGCAGCAUUCCAUUUCAGAGGACGAGAGGCUCGUCUCAACUUCCCUGACCUCGUCAGCAGCUUGCCACGUCCUGCAGACUCUAGUGCAGACAGCGUUCGCAUAGCAGCUCAUGAGGCAGCGCUCAGCCUCAGAACCGAGCCAGUAGAGCCAGCCAUGCAAGUGGAUACCUCAAGCUCCUCCAACGUAAGUCCAACGAUGGUCAGUCUCUCUCCCAGAGAAAUUCAAGCGAUCAACGAGUCGACUUUGGGAUCUCCUACCAUGUUGAUGCAUUCAUCAUAUGACUCAAUGGGGUUUGACAAUGAUGUGGGGAUGAAUGUUUGGGAUACAUACCAGACUGACUACUCUCUAUGGGACCCCUAAUCCCAAAAUCAUGGAGAGUUAAUACCAGCUUAAGUCAAUGGCCUAGAAUGCUUGCAUAUUAGGGUUUAGUUUCCAGGGUCUAGCAAAAGGGUUGUUGAUUCUAACGGUAUAGCAAAGAAUAAAGUUCAUCUGAGUUUUUUUGGAGGGAAGGGCACUUGCUUUCUUCUAAAAUAAGUUACUUUAACAGAUGAGGUUGAUGGGUCCCAGAUAAGGACAUCUUCACAAAUAUUUUAAAAACUAUUUGUACUAGUAGACACACAGCUUCUAUUUUAUAAGCUAUGGUUAGAGAUUGUGAGGUGUGACCUAUUUUUUAUAUAUUUUUCCAAUCGUUUGUUAUCCCGUAUAUGCUUAUGAAAUUAAAUAUGAAUUAUCGUUCAGUAACAUGGACUUGUUUGGUAUUAUGAUGUAUGAAUUCCUGAAAAAUAUAAGAUGUCUUUUUUUUAUUCUAACAAGACUUUCUUUCCUUAACGAACCACUAGUUACUCUUAAGAAAAAUAUACAUUCCAUGCUAUAAAUGCAACUUACUUUGCGCCCCUUCAUCACGACCAAAGCGAUUAAGAAGUUCAAUGACCAUUGAAUACUGAUCAUUGAAAGAGUGAUUAUUACUUCGGAUAUCUCCACCUUGUCAAUACAUAUCUUCAUGAUCCUUGCA